UUCGCGUUGUCCAUUGUGUGUCAGUCCGCGUUUCGUUUCGAUCCCCGGCAUUAGUCCCUCUCUGUUUCCGUCAACUCCAAAGUAUAUAAAUACAUAUUUUUAAAAAAUUUUUAAUUAUACAUUAAUCAUUUGUUUAUUUAUUUAUAAAAAUUCUAACAGACAACAGUUCCCCUCUUUUCUAAUCUCUGCUUCCCUCUCUCUCUGACAAACAACACGGUUCAUUUUACACCGCUGUAUUCCUCAAUUCCACGCGCGUUUGCGUUUCGUUAACGUCGCUCGCGUUCUUUACUCACAUACACACACAUAAAAUAUACAUAUACACACACAUUUAUACUUUAUCUACAACUACAUUUAAACUAACUUAUAAAUUUUAUCCAAAAAAAAAAUUUUGUCUGAUAUAAAAGAACAAAAAAAGAAAAUUAUCCCUCGUCAUUUCCCCUCCCAAUUUUUUUUUAUUUAAUCAAACAAUAUUUCAUCGUAUCUUAGUAUAUUUUUAAUAAUAAUAUUGUGUGUGAAAAAUAGUUUUUUAAUUUUAAUUUAAUAUUAAAAUAUAUUUAUUUGUUAUUUAUUGAGGUAUACAUAUCAUUGUUGAAUUGUUAUUACACAUUUAUUUUUAAAUUAAUUAAUUUUUUUUAUUUUUGAUGUUAGUGGUUAACGUACUUAAUACAUCACUCGUGUAUAAAAUCUUACUAAGGCUACCUGUCAGCUUACUCAAAAAUAAAUAAAUAAAUUUUUAAAAAAUUUAUUAUUAUUUAUUUUUAGAUUAUUUAUAACAAAAAACAAAAUAGAGACAGUUUUUUUCGUUUUUUUUUUUUGCUUUUUGUUGGUGAUUUUUAUUCAACGAUGAUUGUUGAUCUCAUGUUUAUUGAUAAAAUUUAUUUAUUUAUCAUAUAUUUUUAUUUUGAAGGAUACGAUUUGGUGAAGGAUAGGAUAAGAAAACUUGUUUCUGUGAACUUUGUGAAUUUUUUCUUUUUUUUACAAAGUGAAGUUUCGUUUUAAAUACAUUUUAAUAAUUAGUGCAUUCAGUGAAUAGCUUUAUUAUUAUUACUAUUAUUUUUGUUUAUUUUGGUUAUUAUUAUUAUUAAAUAUAACGGUGUUAGAAUGGCGUUCAAUGGGGACGGACCACACUCAAAAAGACAACGACUCGAAGAAACUGGACACAGGGUGAGAAUUAAUCACGAGUACAGUGGAUAUGGAGAUGAGCCUAGGCGUAAAAGAGAGGACAAUAAUAAACCCAAUCACGUUCUACUUUUUACAAUAAUAAAUCCAGUUUAUCCAAUAACAGUUGAAGUUUUACAUGCAAUCAGUGCACCAUGUGGACAAGUACAGAGAAUAGUUAUAUUCAAAAAAAAUGGUGUACAAGCAAUGGUUGAGUUUGAAUCUGUUGAGUCUGCAACAAGAGCCAAAGAGACUUUACACAGUGCAGAUAUAUACUCUGGCUGUUGCACAUUGAAAAUUGACUUUGCAAAGCCAACAAAAUUAAAUGUCUACAAAAAUGAUGCUGAAAGUUGGGACUAUACAACACCAAGUUUAAGCUCAAGUGGUCAUAAAAAUGAAUCCAGUGGUAAUGGAAGACCGGCACCACUUUUGGCUGAACCGAGAUACGGAGCUGCACCACAGCCAUACGGAUCUACACCACAAGUUACAUUUCCACCAGGUGCUGGACAUGAUCGUUAUGAAGAAACAUUUAAUGGUCCAACAACAUAUCCAGAGCCAUAUGUUGAAAGAUAUAGUAUUAAAAAUGAUUUUCCUGGACGUGAACCAUUACAUCCAACACCAACAAGACCAGGCUAUGUACCAAGUAUUGGACAAACACCACCAACAACAACACAAGGAUCAGUUAUGAUGGUUUAUGGUUUACAAUCAGAUAAAGUUAACACAGAUAAAUUAUUUAAUUUAUUUUGUCUUUAUGGUAAUGUUACUAAAGUAAAAUUUUUAAAGACAAAAGAAGGUUGUGCAAUGAUACAAAUGGGUGAUGGUGUUGCUGUUGAAAGAUGUUUACAAAAUUUAAAUAAUAUUACUAUUGGUACUGAGGGUAAAUUACAACUUGGAUUUUCAAAACAAGCAUUUCUUGCUGAUGUUACUAAUCCAUAUAUUUUACCUGAUAAAACAGCUAGUUUUAAGGAUUUCACCGGCAGCAAAAAUAACAGGUUCCUCAAUCCAGCAAUGGCAAAUAAAAAUAGAAUACAACCACCAUCAAAAAUAGUACAUUUUUUUAAUACACCACCAGAUUUAACUGAGGAUACAGUUAAUCGUGUAUUUAUUGAUCAUGGAAUUGAAACACCAACAACUGUUAAAUUAUUUCCACUUAAAUCAGAACGUUCAUCAUCUGGUUUAAUUGAAUUUAAUAGUGUUGGUAUUGCUGUUGCAGCAAUUAUGGAAUGUAAUCAUACUGCAUUAGAAAAUAGUAAUGGUAAAUUUCCAUAUAUUAUGAAAUUAUGUUUUUCAUCAUCACGUACAAUACCAGCAAAUUUUCCACCUGGUAGUACAAGUACAAGUGGUACUAAUAAUACAUCUGGUAAUGGUCAUAUGAAAAUGCAACAAGAUAGUGAAUAGAAUAACGAGGUGAUCCAGGGCCAUCAUCAUCAUCAACAACAUCAACAACAUCAACAAAAAUUCCAACAUCAACAACAGCCAAAUAAUCAUAAUAUUAAUAAUAAUAAUAAUGAUAAUAAUGAUAAUAAUAAUAUAAAUAUAAAUCGUCAGCGUUAUUACAUCAAACAAGGUCAUCAAUAUGGUCUUCAUCAAUUGUGCUUAUCAACACGAGGAGGAAUGAGUACAAGUGCAACACAAGCAAUUGCAUUAUCACCAGUUUUAUCAACGUCACUUCCUUCAUCCUGUCAUCUUCUUAUCACAAAUCCUGGAAUUUUUCAUCCUCCACCUCCAACAGCAUUACUACCACCACCACCACCAAUAGCAUCAACAUCAUCUACAUCAUCACUACUACCAUUACCAACAACUUUAACAACCCCUCAAGCGACACUAACAACUCGUGCACAACUUCCAUUAUCGUCACAACCGCUGACCACAUUUUGGCCCUACGGAUAGAAGAAUAUAUAUACUAGAAAAAAAAAAAGGAAAAAAAAGAAGAGAUAUAAAAAAAAAAUAAUCUUCAUUUAAGUCUGUUGCUGAAUUUUUUUAUUUUUUAUUUUUUUUUGCUUUUUAGUUUAGUUUUUGUGCGUUUUUUUUUUUUCUGCUUUUUGUGAUGAGCAAAAAAGUAGAAAAAGGCUGGACCAAAUCACACUCUUGUGACGGACAACCGUAUUGGGAUUGAGUCUCUUUUUUUUUUUUUUUUUUUCUUUUUAAAUUAACCCGGAAAAUAGAAGAUAGAAAAAAAAAAAAUAUAACUGAUUAACGUCGAGGUUUAAAUUUCAAAUAUCGUGAUUUAAAAAAUAAAAAAAAGUAAAUUUAAUUUUAUAAUUUAAAAAUAAACAUAUCAAAAAAGAAAAAAAAAUAAUUUAAUAAUGAUAAAUUGUACUUUGAUGAUUAUUCAAUUGGAUAUUGAAUUAUUUAUUAUAUUUUAAAUAAUUAAAUCACGAAUUGAGAAUUUAUUACUACUGCAUUGAAAUCUCAAUUUAAUAUAUUGAUUGUCUGAUUAUUUAAAAUUUACGUUAUUAUUAUUUAAAAAUAUAUAUUGAUAAUUUGCAAAGAGUUUUGUAAUAUUUAUUUUGAUAUUUUAUCAUUGUCCAGCUUUAUUUUUUAAUUAUCUUUCAAUGGACAUUGAUUUACGAUACACUCCGACAACGUAUCAAAUUACAAAUUUUUAUUUUAUCUACAAUAUUUAUAAUUAACUCUUUGCAAUGCUUCAAAAAAAAAAAAAAAUUACAUUGAGAAUUUAAAAAACUGUAGUAAUAAAAAAAAUGAGACCUCGAUUAAACGGAUCCGCAAAAAGUGAAUUGAUUUUUAUAUCAAAUUAAAAUUAAAAAAAAAAAAAAUAUAAACAAAACAAAAAAACAAAGGACCUUGACAACAGUAUAUAAGUAUCC